UAGCGCCGGUGUUCAGGCACGCGACUCGUUUCCGUUACGGUUUCCUCAAUGAAUGCGGUUUGGGACGGCGCGCGGAGCUGAGAGUUAACUGUACCGCUGCAUGAUCAAUGUCAUCAUGAUGGAUGAGCUGGUGCAGGACCUUGUGUCUGCGUUGGAGCAGACGUCAGAGCAGAGCAAGCUGGGCGAGCUGUGGGAGGAGAUGGUCCUGAGUCCGCUGCAUCAACGCAGGCAGAUCCGCCGUCGGAGAGGCCGCAAGCGCCGCUGCGACUCCUCCCUCUACCCGCUGGAGCACCGACACUGCCUGAGCGAGGCCUCAGAGUCCAGCUUGGAUGAGGCCGCUAGGGACUGCAGGGAGAACACCACUGUUGCUCCCUCCACCACCACGGCCUCCGCGGCUAACUGCAGUGACUCUGAUGACAUGAUUGUUACCAGCCGGUGGCACCCCUUCACCAGCGGCUCUGCCAAGACCAGACAGCACUCCUGGCCCGAGUCCGACUCCUUCACUGAGAAUACUCCAGGAAGGCCGCUCAGGAGGCGGCGGAAAGUCAAGCGUAUGACGUCAGAUGUGACCAUCAGGUUGCAGCAGAAGCUAAAGGUUUCAGGUGUCGAUAGCAAGCGAGGAUGCAGCCACAGAUCGUCUAAGAAACAGCGCUUGACACAAAUGAAGAAGAGGCCUGGUGGUUGGGUGGGAGCGGACCGACAAGUUGAAGGAGCCGGCGUGAUCGCAAAGGAGUGCUGGAAGGACAAGAUCGCACUGGAGGCCGAGGAGCAGAGAGAUGCCUCAGAUGAAAACAUGUCGGAGGGUGAAACCAGCAGUAUAUGCAGCAGUGACCCCGGCCUUUUCACCAAUGAUGAGGGGAGACAAGGUGACGAUGAGCAGAGUGACUGGUUCUUUGAGGGCGACUGUGGCGCAGGGAAGGGCGUCACCAGCCUGCUGUCCAGCUGGGACUCAGACAGCCAGCUCUCCCUGGAGGAUCCACGCCCCUCGCCCACCUUCCUGCAGCCCACACGGCCCUCUCACAGAGGGUACCAUGCCUGCGCUAACCGACUGCCCGGCACCACUGCCCGCUGCAUCCGGAGGGGUAGAAGGAGGCUUCCCAGCAAGGACAACAGUAUGCCUCUGUUUGUGGAGCGACUGAAGCGUUUCUCUCAAGAUCCCUACCAGAGAGAGUUUUGGCUGACUUCUUUUGGAAAACGAGACCGAAGCCAGUUCAACCCUUUGUGCCCAUUACCUGUGUAUCCUAUUGACAUGGUGUCAGAGAGCUCCCACCGCAGAUGCUCCUCAUCAAUCUGCAAAAACAGGCAGACGAACAUCCCUCUGGGACUGUUAUGCACAGGAGACAUCAAGAGGAGAAGGAAGACUGUUGCUGUGGCCAUCACCUCAGCUUCCCACUCCUUUCAGAGGGAUGACCUGGGAGAAGAGGCACGGGGAGCCAGUAACACAUUAAACCUGGAGGCUGUGGGGGCGUCGGGGGCAACAAGUGCAGCCGGUCCACAGCCCUCUACUUCUGAGCAGCCAGACCUCAUGCAGCCUGAGAUUUUAUUUAAUCCCCUGGGGGACCAGGAAGAGAACUGAAAGGGGCGGGACCCGGCAUACUCUAACUUGGAAGAAGGCCUUGUGACAAAAGGAAAACUGUUGCACUAGAGAAACAGAACGCUAAAACUCUUGGUGCAUAAACUUUGCAAGAAAAAAAAAAUACGGAACACAUCGUUAGUCUUCAAAUCAGCAUUUUACUUGCUACAUCAAGUCUUUCCAGUUAGUAUUUUGAGGCUGAGAAUUGUUAAUGCAAUCAAGCCUUGUUAAGCACUCCUUAGCCAGCCAUGUCCUCGAGGAAGAGGACAGCUUCAAGAGGUCCUCAUUUGCGACUCGAGACUCUGCGCCCAGGCGGCUCCUCCUGUCUCUGCACAGUCUCCAGGCCACCUGCUCCCACACAGGCCCAACAAUUAUGUUUUCUCUUGUAGCCCAGCGUUUGUCAGCGGGGACUCUGCAAAGAUGGUCAGAAGUUGCUGGGGGGUCUACUCUACUUUACGCCUGCCCGAGUGGGACCGGCGAGGCUGUGUAGCGGCACGUAGCGAGCUCAAAGACAGGAGAGCAUCAGAAUGUUUAGCUACCACAUGCUGCUGCAGGGUUCACAGAGGCGACCACCGAUAGAGAGCCACACAAAGUACAGCCCUCCUAUUAGCAUGGAUUUGAAAAGCUACACUCGCUACAAAGGUGCUCAUUAGCACAACAUAGAGGGAGUGUAGUUGCGGUCCUCUGAGGCCUGCCUCUGUUCUCUUCAGCUUACCUUCCAUAUUCAAAUUGACCCAAACGUAUUUAAGUUCAAGGCCAGCUGCAAAUCUGUUUGAACAGCCUGUUUUUCAGCAGUAGUGGAUUAGUUGUUUUUGGAAGAGUGCAGGGAGUGGAUGAGAGCAAGCGGAGAGGAGUUGGAGGAGCAGGUGGUGACAGGGGAGGAGGAAGCGUGCAGAAAAUUGUCACCUACCCUUAGGGUAUACAUCGCCCUGGCUUCUUCAGCAUCAGAUGCAUUAAAAGAGCAAUGGAAGUGUAUUGUGAGAUCAAAGAGGCAUCCUCGCUCACGAUGAUCUUUUUGCAGCCAUAGAGUUCUCUCCAAGCAAAUGAUGCAAGGAUUAUCUCCAGCAUGAUAUAUUUUAUGUACAGGACUCAAGUGAUGUACAUUCAUGUUUUCCUGCACCGGUGUUGGUGACAGCUUUGGUAGUGAGUUGAAUCUCAGUUAUCAGCUGCAUUUUGCAUUUCUUUAAAGCCAUAUUUAAAUAGUGGAUUCACGUCGAGCAGAAUGAGAUUUGUCGAUUAACAUGAGUUAUACUUCCGCAAUCAGCCCACCGAGAAGGCUUUAUGUGAUCAUGUUGGCACGGGAUGACAUUUAUAAAUGCUGUGUGUGCACACUCGUCUAAAUGGAUGCCUCGCACAAGACACCGCGCCACAGGAAUCAGUCAGAGUGUUGAGGCAGAGGCCACCCCACUCCACCCUCUGGAUGCUGCUGCUGCAGUUUGACCAGAGCAGCUACGGGCAGUCUUGCAGCACUGGGACUCUUCCUGUAGCGGUAGCAGCGAUCUGCGGCUGUAGACCUGAUGGAUAGGAACAGCACAGUCUGAGGCUCAUAAUUAGAAAAAAGAGGCUUUUGAUAAAUUCAUUGAGGGCUGCUGCCAGACAGAUGCCCCUGAGCAUAUUUGACAAGUAUUGACUGUGUAGUGUUUAAAAGGAGAGCUUCUUGCUGUUGCCUUAUCCGUCAGUCGGUGUUUUGGUGCCAGGGCAUUGACAGGGAGGAAGCUGCAUCAGUACAGAUUAAGCUCCAUUAGCAGCCAGGGGAAUCACCUCACCUGCUCCCAUGGUAAUUAGCGGUCACCGUAAUGACGUCUCAGCCAGACCGUAUGUCCCAAAAUGAAUUUCCAAUGGCUAGGAAGUGGGGGAAUGAUUUCCUUGCAGCCAGUCAACUGCCCUGUUACAGUUAAGGAAUCCAGCAGGCUGGUACCACUCAUAUUUCAUCCCAGGUAAAGAUUACCUGUCAGGCCCAUGGGAGAUGUAUUGAUCUGUUUUCCUUUUUCCGCCAGCAAUCACCUGACAAAGGCACCUAGGAGGCGAGUGAAUGAGUGAUGCCUGGUCUGUCUCCCCCGGCGCGGUGGCUUCCAGUGUCCACUGAUGGGUGGAGAGCAGAUGAGGAAAGGAGGAGAUAAUGUAGUCAUAAACUCUGUUUGAACCUCCACCCCUAUGCAUGCAGGGCAGCCCCUCUGUGCAGCGGGUCACAGGUCAGCAGGGAAUUUGCUUGUUGGGUUCCUUUCUUGUCAGCGGCAUUUCUUGCGUGAUGGCGGAAACACAUGCAAAGGAGACUCUGUGGUUCCUGCUGACAAAUGCAUGUUGUGAGUCAUAAUAGUUCAAGUCACAUCAAACGUUAAGAGUGAUCCAGCUCAAACUGGGCACUUUUGUGCAAUGCAACCAAGCGUUGUGUGGACUGUGGGUUCCCUGAGACUGUCAGCAUGGUGGUGCUGCACUAGCAACCAACACAUUGUACAGUAUCUCAUUUUAUUGGCAGCUAAAUGUCUUUAUAUAUUUGCCUUGUUCAAUGGAAUGUCAGAAUGUUGAUAUUGUCCAUGAAACCCUGCGUUUAAAAUUAUUGCACUGUGUUAAGAAAAUAUAUGUGUGCUGUAUUUAUGAAGUGAUGCUUAAUUAAUAGGUCCAUCCAUUGAGGAUUUAAGAUUGCAGACCAUAAAUUCAUUUUCUUGAUAGAUAGUGCAGUAGAUAUGUCUCUCUAAUUUUUACUAUCAUAUUUUUUAUAAUUCAUUUGCAAGGAUUUAAAUCUAUCUCCCCCAUAUCAGGGCUCUUAGGCAGCUAUCCCAUUUGAUAUGUAGCACAAAUAGCAUCUUAUCUCCUCGGGUGUUAUCUUUAUAUUUAAUAGCAGCGGAAGCAUGCCUAAUUGCUUUGCAAAUGAUCUAAAGAGGAUUACUCCUUCCUUAGAAAGCCUGCACGGUGUCACUAGAUGUUAGAUAGACAUUACAAUGGUAAAAUUCAAUCAAACCUGCAGUGCAGUGUUUAUGCAGUAGCUCUGUUUUCCGUGAUCACCACCCAAGGCUUGGUCAAAAUAACUGCAGGUACUCUGUUUUCUUAGGCUGUCGUACAAACUCUGUAGGGGCAGGUUUAAUUGCAUUUAGACUGUUUUUGGAUAGGAAGCAGAUUCAGGUAUAUUUAGGACCUUUGCUCCUUUUAAACAUUAUUCAAAUUAGAUCAUACAACGUCUUGCCUGUAUAAUCAUUACUGUGUGUUAUUAGUAUUUAUAGUAAAGCUUACAGUAUGCAUUUCAAAAUGUAUUUAUUCCAAAUGCUGAAUUUGUGUUCAAUAAAUUUGUUCCAGUGGUCAUGAUGAUGGGG